CUUUCUCACGGUCUCACUCAAACUUGCACCUAGUCUCAAGUUCUUUGCUGAGAAAGAAGAGUGAUAAAACUACUGAGAAACCAAAAGCCAUGGCUACUCCAGCUACUGCUAGUGAUUUUGCUCCAAACUUCCUGGUAGUGAACCCUCAUAAGGGAAGAAAAAGAGAUAUAGUUAAGUAUUUGGUAACCAAAAACACGAAGAGUGGGAUGAGCUUUUUGGAUAGUUCAGAUGAAGGGAUUAAGGGUGGUGCAGCAAUUGAUCACAGGUGGAUUUUACUGGUUUCUGUUAUCAUUCGUAGGGUUCUUGCCUUUAUUAAUACUCCAUUGAAGUACCUUGGUUAUGUGGUUGAUUUUGUUCUCAACCUCAUUUCACAAAACGAAGGCGUUUCUGGCAUCCUCGACAACGUUCUUCAUUUAAAGCUGAAGAUACCACGUAGAGGCUCGGAGAAUUUUAUAAGCACCAUUGGACAAUUGGAUGGCCGAAUAGACCUAUACAGGACUGUAAUCUUGUCAGAGAAAGUUGAUGAUUCUAUUUCUACAGAUGUCAACAACAUAAAAGCAGACUUGGGCAACCGAUAUCUAAUGGAUCUUUCUAUUAUGGCUUCAAAACUUGUUUAUGAGAAUGAGAAAGUUAUCAAGCACGUUGUUGAACGUCACUGGAAGAUGCAUUUCGUUGAUUUCUACAACUGCUGGAAUGAAUACCAAAAAGAAAGCAACACCCAAGUGUUCAUAUUCACCGACAAGCCUAGAGAUGCAAACUUGAUAAUUGUUAGCUUCAGAGGCACCGAACCAUUCAAUGCACAAGAUUGGAGUACUGACUUCGAUUUCUCAUGGUAUGAGGUUCCAAAAGUUGGAAAAAUCCAUAUUGGAUUUUUAGAAGCAUUGGGUUUGGGUAACAGAGGAGACUCUUCCUCCUUCAAAACUCACCUUCAAAAAAAGCACACAGGUUUCUUUCAUUUAAAUGGCGAAUCUGAAGGGGCUAUGCUGGAACUAUCAAAGAAGCGUGCUUACUAUGCUGUGGCACUAAAGCUCAAGCACUUAUUAAGAGAGCACAAGAACGCUAAAUUUGUUGUCACUGGACAUAGCUUAGGCGGAGCACUUGCUAUAUUGUUCCCUUGCAUUCUCGUAAUACAGGAAGAGACAGAGAUGGUAAACAGGUUGUUAAAUAUAUACACAUUUGGACAGCCAAGAAUUGGAGAUGUGCAGCUUGGCAAUUUCAUGGAAUCUCAUUUGAACUAUCCAAAUACUAGAUAUUACAGGGUUGUUUACUGCAAUGACAUGGUGCCUAGAGUGCCUUUUGACGACAAGAUCUUCGCCUUUAAGCAUUUCGGAACCUGCCUUUACUAUGAUAGCCGGUAUUUCGGCCGAUUUAUGGAUGAGGAGCCAAACAGGAAUUUCUUCGGAUUGAAGCACAUCAUACCUAUGCGAAUCAAUGCAUUGUGGGAGAUCAUUAGAAGCUUUGUGAUCGGUCACGCUCAUGGGCCAGACUAUCAUGAGACUUGGUUCUGCACAGUGUUUAGAGUAAUGGGGCUAGUGCUUCCUGGGGUUGCUGCUCACAGUCCUAUAGAUUAUGUUAACUCAGUGAGGCUUGGAAAGGAACGUACGGCUCCUAUGCAAUCUUUAAAAAGCUUUGCUCGCAAAUUAUAAUAUUGGGUUGUGCUAGUCUUCAUUAUUAUCAAUCAUCAUAAGGUCGAAAGAUCAUUGUAAUGUUAAUGGAAAUUAGUGUGGUGUAGCAACUCAUUUAUGCUUGAUAUGGUUGUUGGCUCAGAAUAAAAAGUAAUGAAUCGCAUGAAUUUCACAACUUCUA